CCACUUUUUUGUUUAUGUUGGAUUUGCGAAAAGAGGAAAUAAAUAAAUAAAUAUUGUGGCUAUACAAUGACGAAAGCUCACAUGAUACACGAAAGUAUGUGGCUGAAUCGUAAGAUCCAAUAGAUUUUCCUGCGAAACGAGGAGGUUUCGUAAGAAUAACAAUUCAGAAAACACAGUUGUGGACUGAGACACAAUGGGCCGACUAGAUGAAGCAGCCAAAUGCAAAGUGGUGGAGCUGCGGAAAGCUGGUCUGAGUUUCCGUAAGAUCAAGGCUGUGUUGGAGCUGGAGAAUAUCAAAGUGUCUGCCCAAGCAAUCUACCUCUUCUUGAGGGAGUUUCAUGGAAGGCCACCUGGAAGAGUCAGACCCGUAGAAGCUGGAAGCAUUGCAUCCACUGCACAAGUGCAGGCCAGGCCUGGGGAAAGCCAUGCAGGAGCUCAGGAAGGAUGGAGUAACAUUCAUCUGCAAAACCUGCUACGUGGGACAUCAUCUCAGCAUGCUGGAUUUUCAGCAGCUGCAGAUUUUCCCAAACAGACAAAUUCAGAGACUAGCACACAGGCUUCUGGCUCUGGAGGUGGUCAGCCAGAGCAGACACUUGAGGGAGAUAAGGAUGAAAAUGACAUCCAAAUCAUUAGUGUUACAUCUCUUGCACAAAGCAGCCAACAAAGAGGCCUCCAGUCCAAUGUAAGAAGAACAGAGAGAGAGAAUGUGUCAUCCACAGGGACAUCAUCUGGAGCAUUUAUGAGGAGACGAGUCACACCGUCUCCAGCCACCAAUCCCAUACUGGCAGCUCGUAAGAGGCUAUUGGAUAAAGCUUUAUCACACAGAAUGAAGGUGGCAUCAUUGCCAAGGAGAGAUCAAUCCAGUAUUCAAGGCCCUAAUGUGAGAACUGCAGUGACACAACAGCCUGAUUCCUACAAUCUGACCAAUGAAAAGACUGUCAUGGAGGAUCAGCCAGCCGGCGGAUCUGCCCCACGACGUUUUUUGUCGCAGAGACCAGGUCUGUCUCUUCGUUCCAUUCACCCUCCUCUUCGGGUUGGCAUCCGACUUCCAAACAGGUCACCAGAUCCUUCAACAGCUCCAGGGGCCACUGUAAUCCAUCUGCACAACCCUGGUCAUGGUGCUGCUCAUUCGGAGGGGAACCCGAGCCCACAGCAAGUAGUUCAGGAUGCCAGCAGGAGAGAUGGUCUGCCUGAUCAGAUUGAAACUCUGGGUUCUGAGGUGCGCAGCUUGACCCUUGCGGUGAAGAUGCUGAUGGAACAACAGUGCCGCCUGGAGAGGGAGCAGGCACAGCAGACGCACAUUCAAAGACAGAUCCUCAGUACUCUACAGAGUCUUGCCUCCAAACAGGGAUGUUGCAGCAGUGUUCGUCAGCAGCACAACAAAACCCCAUCGCCUUCAUCUUUGCCGGCUGCUUCUCCGUCUACAUCCUUCAACCAAGAAACGUUCAGCUAUAAUCAAAGCACCUACACUCACUGUAACCAAAACCAGCCAGCUUACAACUCCUUAGACAAUAUGGAACCUAUACAGACCUUCAAACUGCCGGGAUUGAGCCCAAACAUGAAUGGAUUCCCGGCUUGUAGCAAUGCAGACAGCCUCCCGCUGUCUUAUACGCCCCCUCAGAAACAACCUUAUGUAACUGCAUACCCACAGCAAAGCACUCAAACCCUGAUGGUGACCUAUGCACAACCCUAUGCUUCCACGUAUAACACCACACAUUCUCAGACAUUCAGAAGAUCAGAGAGUAAAUCUUGUGAGUUUCCAAACAGCUGUCCAGGGGGAACUCUGCAGGACUGCAGUGCCUCCAUGCAACCAGCAAUGGAAUCGAACCACUCUCCACAGGAUCAGCAGGCCAAUAUUAUCAAAGUGGAAGGUCCUUAGGAUCCACAUUCUCCUUUGUGUCUGUGGUGGGUUGGACCAUAAGGGCUUUGAUUCAUUGAUAUUUUUUCCCCUUUAAGAGUCUUUUUGCUGUAGUUGUAUGCGUCACAGUAUUUACUAAUCUGUAGCAUUUCUUACAUUAGUUUUUGCAGUUGUAUAUAAGAAUAGGGAUUUGAUAUUAAUGUUGCUGGGACCUCUUUUAAGCAUAGCUAUGGGUGCCAAUUAUUCUGCAAUUUAUAGAAUUUCUGUAGUUUAAAAAAGUUUCUUUUUGUAAUUUCUGUAAAAACAAAAAACAAAACUGUGUCUGAAGUGGUGAUCAUAGUUGAUCCCAUGAUUUGUAUGAUUCAGUUGAUGAUGGUUUUCUAGCCCCAAAGCUGUUCAAAAACUGCUGCACUCUGAUUUCUGUAUGUGGAUUGGUUUUGUCAAAAUUUAUUAUUUAAAAAAAGGCAAAACUGAUCCCAAACCAGGCUAAAUUUUGUGUGUUCAUCCAAUUCUAUUUUUACUAACAAAGUAAAAUAAAAACUCGAGCACACUCCAAUUCCAUAAAUUUUUGUCUUGGAAAAAAAUUUCAAGGUCAAAGUCCUGUUAGAGGUGGAUUUUCACAAGAUAAAAUAUAAUACAAAGUAUAGAUCAAAGGGGCUUU